AUGUUUUCUGGCGCCAUAUUCAACGAAGAGAGCUGUACCAUCGGACGAAAAGAUCAUUUCAUCUCCUAUGAAGACUUUGUGUACUUCCUCAUCAUAACCAUGUCAACGGUGGGGUACGGCGACUUUGCUCCAGUUACGUUCCGAGGUAGGAUAUUGGUACUCGUCUUCAUCGCCCUCACGCUGAGCUUGGUCACAUUUCAAGUAAAGAAGCUUAUGUUUAUUUUGGCGGAAGAUCAUAUCCA